CACACACACACACACACACACACACACACUCUCUCUCUCUCUCUCUCUCUCUCACUCUGUCCUGCUGGAUCUAUCGUGCUGGAUGCCGGAAUGCCUGCUGCUCCUCUCCUCACACUGUUCCUGGUUCUGCUGGGUGUUCUGACGACAUGCGCCCAGACGGAGAUGAAGAGGGUUGUUGGAGACAAUGCCACGCUGCCCUGCCACCAUCAGUUCUGGGUGGGUGAUGACCCCACUCUUGACAUUGAGUGGCUGCUUCUCAAGCCAACAAACAGACAGAGAGUGGUGAUCACCUACUUUGCUGGACGGGUUUUUGACCCCAAUGAAGCAGAGCGUAGCCGUGUAGCCUUUGCUGGAGAGUUCUUAAAAGGUGACGCCUCUCUGCUGAUCACUGACUUGUCUCUAACAGACUCAGGAGAGUACAGCUGCAAAGUCAAGACUGGUGCACAAUACCAUUGGAGCACCAUCAGCCUCAUAGUGCUGGUCUACUGA